CGCAGGGCGCGCCGCGCUGUUUCCGGUGAGGCCGCGCUUCUUCGCUCGGCCGCUCGCGUGCCCUUGGCGGCCUUCGCAGACCUUUGGGAGCACAGUUCGGGGCGACAGCUGGAACUUGGACCCACUUCUUUCUGACUGCUGGAGAGCUGUGCUUUGAACCAGCUCUGAUCCAGCCCACCCUGCAGGUGCAGGCCUGGUGUAGUCUCCUGUCUGGACACAGUGAGAAGAGAACAAUGCAGAAGGACACCGGCCCUCUAGUGCCUUUGCAUUGGUUUGGCUUUGGCUAUGCAGCACUGGUUGCUUCUGGUGGAAUCAUUGGCUAUGCAAAAGCAGGUAGUGUGCCGUCCCUGGCCGCGGGGCUCCUCUUCGGGGGUUUAGCAGGCCUGGGUGCUUAUCAGCUGUCUCAGGAUCCGAGGAACGUUUGGGUUUUCCUAGCUACAUCUGGAACCUUGGCUGGCAUUAUGGGAAUGAGAUUCUACCACUCUGGAAAAUUUAUGCCUGCAGGUUUAAUCGCAGGUGCCAGUUUGCUGAUGGUUGCCAAAGUUGGAAUUAGUAUGUUGAACAGACCUCAUCAGUAGUAGUCAUGUCCUACCUUGGACUCAAGAAGAACUGAAAAUCUCUAAACUUCCACUCUUUUCAGUGUAUUAAGAGAAAAAAUGCAGCAUUUCUCCAUACUGUGACCUUCUACUUAAAAAAAAAAAAGAUACUGAACUUGGUGGGGAGAAAAAAAUUCAGUCAUUACCAUUACAGCCCUAUAGAAGUGGCAAAUACAUAACAGAGGAACUUAAUAAUACACUCAUACAGUUUGAUUCUUACAUAUUGAUGUUAUGUCUUCUUUCUAUAAGUAAAAUCUCAAGGGGUAGAAUCUUAGGUGUCAACACUGGGGGCCCUGAAACCUCAUGCCAGAACAGUAUGAAAAAAAUCUCUUAUGAGAUUUAGGAUAUCUUUUCUUUUGCUCAUCUUAGAGCUCAGACCUACUUUGA